CUCUGGCACCAGGCUGAGCCCGGCGGCUCCAGCAGCAAUCCCGGCGCGGACUACAAGUACCACGAGCACUCGUGUGGGUACUACAGGUCCCACAAUACCUCACGCCGCCUGGUGUCUCCGUGUCGGUCCCGAUUUAAAUCCAGGCAGUGAGGAAAAUGGCGGUGUGGGGCUGAGCAUGGGGGAGAUGGAGAUGUAGCUGAGCUCUGGCUCAUUUCCCAGUUUCAGGUACAAUGGUGAAAAUCAAACUGAAGGGAUCUACAGGUUCAACCUCAUUUGUCUACCUUAAAACUCUUUUCUGUGCAUUCCUACUGGCCUCUGCUGUAGCGAAUACUGUGCUCGGCACUGUAUCUACUAAGCGCUGUUCACUGUGAAGGAAAUAUGGCACGGAAUAUGAAAAAGAAAUAGAGAAAAGGGGAUCCUAAUUAAUGGAAGGCUCAAAUCUGUUGGUAUAACAUGGGAAGACAACUGAUUUUUCUUCAAAUAUUGAAUGGAUGUGACCUAAAAUGAAUUCUGAUUCUGAAGGUCCUCUGAAAAAUAUGCAGUGCUUGAAUGUUUGCUAAGGACUAGUAAGUGACUGAUCUCAUAUUUGGACUAUAUAUACCUGAACAUUUUUAAAGCUACAGUUUAGUAUAUGAGAAGCAUGUACUUAAAAAAAAGAAAAGAAUGGGAGGGAAGAAAGAAGAAAAAAACCCAACUCAAACCAAAAACCUUACUGCACCACUGCCAGAAAGUGAAAUUGCUGCUUAUAUUCUUGUGGAUUCCUGUCUAUCUGCUGAUGCAAGGUCAAGAUGAGUGGAUUAGGAGAAAACUCCUUAGAUAGUUUGACUAAUGAGUCAAGGAAGCGCAAGCCAUUGCCCUGUGAUACACCAGGUGCAAGUCUGGUCUGCAGUGGCGAGAAGCGUCGACGUGAGCAGGAAAGCAAAUACAUUGAAGAACUGGCUGAGCUGAUAUCUGCUAAUCUGAGUGACAUUGACAAUUUCAAUGUCAAACCAGACAAAUGUGCUAUCUUAAAAGAAACUGUGAGACAGAUUCGACAAAUAAAAGAACAAGGAAAAGCAGUUUCUAAUGAUGAUGAUGUUCAGAAAGCUGAUGUAUCAUCCACGGGUCAAGGAGUUAUUGACAAGGAUUCAUUGGGACCUCUUUUAUUACAGGCAUUGGAUGGCUUCCUUUUUGUUGUAAAUCGAGAUGGGAACAUAGUAUUUGUAUCAGAAAAUGUCACACAGUAUCUGCAGUAUAAACAAGAAGAUUUGGUUAAUACAAGUGUGUAUGGUAUCUUGCAUGAAGAGGACCGGAAGGACUUUCUUAAAAACUUACCUAAAUCUUCAGUUAAUGGAGUUUCUUGGAGUAAUGAAGCACCUAGGCAGAAGAGCCAUACAUUCAAUUGCCGGAUGAUGGUGAAAAGCUCUCAUGACCUCUUUGAAGAUGUAGGUGCCUACCAGGAUAUACGUCAAAGAUAUGAAACUAUGCAGUGCUUUGCUUUAUCGCAGCCAAGAGCUAUGAUGGAAGAGGGGGAAGAUUUGCAGUCCUGCAUGAUUUGUGUGGCGCGUCGUAUCACAACUGCAGAAAGGGUGUUUCCAGCAAAUCCAGAGAGCUUUAUUACAAGACAUGAUCUUUCAGGCAAACUUGUCAACAUUGAUACAAACUCAUUACGAUCUUCCAUGAGACCUGGCUUUGAAGAUAUAAUUCGUCGCUGUAUUCAGAGAUUCUUAUGCAACAAUGACGGGCAAUCAUGGUCAAAUAAAUGCCAUUAUCAUGAAGCUUAUACGCAAGGUCAUGCUGAAACCCCAUUGUAUAGAUUUUCUUUAGCGGAUGGUACAAUAGUGACAGCACAAACGAAGAGCAAACUGUUUCGAAAUCCUGUAACUAAUGACCGCCAUGGAUUUGUCUCUACCCACUUUCUUCAAAGAGAACAAAAUGGAUAUCGGCCAAAUCCUAAUUCUGUUGGGCAAAACAUCAGAACACCUGUGACUGGAAACACAAAUUCUGUUAAUGGUCUUAUGAACAUGUCACCUGGUCAAGCCAUGCCAAUGCAGAACAGAAACUAUGGGAUGGGAGAUCCCAAUGCAGUGGGUCAGCUCACCAGCACUCGAUAUGGAAGCCCUGGGAAUAUGGGGCCAGUGAACUCUGGAACUGGCAUGCAGUCCUCUGCUUAUCAGAGUAACAGUUUUGGGUUAAAUAUAAGUAGCCCACCGCAUGGCAGUCCUGGCUUAACUUCCAGCCAACAGAAUCUAAUGGUAUCUCCUAGGAAUCGAGGGAGUCCAAAAAUGAGUUCACAUCAGUAUUCUCCAGUUACAGGUAUGCACUCGCCAAUGGGAUCUGCCAGCAACACUAGCAACAGCACUUUUUCUAGCAGUUCUCUUAGUGCUCUGCAAGCCAUUAGUGAGGGUGUUGGAAAUUCCCUUUUAUCAACACUUUCUUCACCGGGUCCAAAAUUGGAUAAUUCCCCAAACAUUAGCGUAACUCAGCAAAUUAAAACAAGUACCCAGGACUCCAAAAGCCCUUCUGGUUUGUAUUGUGAACAAAACCAAGUGGAAAGUUCCAUCUGCCAGUCAAACAGCAGAGAUCUCUUUAGUGAAAGAGAUAGUAAAGAGGGAAAUCUGGAGGCAUCUGAAAGUCAGAGAGGACCAUCUGAGAGUAAAGGGCAUAAAAAACUCCUUCAGCUACUUACGUGCUCCUCAGACGAAAGAGGACAUUCUACAGCAUCAAACUCGCCUUUAGACUCAAAUUUUAAAGAAUCUUCUACCAGCGUUGCCAGUCCUUCUGGAGUUUCCUCAUCAACAUCUGCAGGGGUAUCUUCCUCCUCAAACAUGCAUGGGUUGCUCCUCCAAGAGAAGCACAGGAUUUUACAUAAAUUGUUGCAGAAUGGUAAUUCUCCAGCAGAGGUGGCCAAGAUCACAGCUGAAGCUACUGGUAAAGACACAUAUCACGAUGCUAGUAACUCAACCUCCUGUGGCGAAGGCACUGUCAAACAGGAACAACUAAGCCCAAAGAAGAAAGAAAACAAUGCUUUACUACGAUAUCUACUAGAUAAAGAUGAUAUUAAGGAACCGCCUUCCAAAGAGUUGAAGCCUAAAGUAGAAUGUGUGGAUAAUAAAAUGGGACAAUGCACAAGUUCUACAAUUCCUACUUCAAGUCACGAAAAAGAGAUGAAAAUAAAAAUUGAGCCAGCAGAGGAGAUGAAUGGAGACUUGGAUAAUUUGGAUGCAAUUCUAGGUGAUCUUACUAGUUCAGAGUUUUACAAUAAUGCUAUGUCUGCAAAUGGAAAUAACCCUGGAACAAAGCAAGCAUUAUUUCAAGGAAAUGCCCUGUUGGGGCAAUGGAUUGCUGCGAUAACCAAAGGAGGUGAAACAUGGAUAAUGAAAAAUAUAAAACCAGGUGUGAAGAGUCCCCAGUCUGUGCAGACUACUCGCCCACCUUUUAACAGAGCCAUGUCUUUAGACAGCCCUAUGGGCUCAGGUGCUUCAGUGAGGAAUGUCAAUGCAUUCUCCGUGUUACAAAAGCAAAACUUGAUGGGUGGAAGUCCAAGAAUGAUUGAAAACCAAGAAAAUUUUGGAGCAAAUCUGGCAAGUGCUCCCCACAGAAAUGUGGCGAUGAAUCAGCAUCAGCCAGGAGACUGGGGUUUGCCAAACUCCAAAGUGAAUGGAUUGGAAUCUGCAAGUUCUGCUGCAAUGUUGAGACCAGGACCUGAAUUUAGUACAACCCUUCCGAGGCCCCCAGAGGCUGGCUCUGUGCCUGGGCUGCCUGUUCGCUCUAACAGCAUACCUGGUAGUAGGCCAAUGCUGCAACAGCAAAUGAUUCACAUGAGGCCAAAUGAGAUAAACAUUGACAUGGGAGGUAAUCCCUAUGGACAGCCUGGACCUUCUAACCAGCCUGGAUUGUGGCCUGACAAUAUGAUGUCCAUGGAGCAAGUGUCACGGGGUUCACAAAACAGACAAUUAGUGAGAGGCUCUUUGGAUGAUCUCUUAUGUUCGGCACCAAAUAUGGAAGGCCAGAGUGAUGAAAGGGCACUUCUGGAUCAGCUGCACACACUAUUGAGUAAUACAGAUGUCACAAGUCUGGAAGAAAUUGACAGAGCAUUAGGAAUUCCUGAUCUUGUAAACCAAGGACAAGCUUUGGAACCCAAACAAGAUUCAUUUCAAGGUCAGGAAUCUUCAAUGAUUGACCAGAAGCCUUUGUUAUAUGGUCAACUCUAUCAAGGGCAAGGGGCAGCAAUGCCAGGAAGUUUUAGUAACAUCCAGGGACAACAGCCGUCUUUUAAUUCAGUGAUGAAUCAGAUGAGCCAACCGAGCAAUUUUCCUCUGCAAAGUGUCCAUCCCCGAGCAAAUGUGAUGAGACCUCGGACCAACACACCAAAGCAGCUACGCAUGCAGCUCCAGCAGAGGCUCCAGGGACAGCAGUUUAUGAAUCAGACCCGUCAAAGUCUUGAAAUAAAAAUGGAAAAUCCAGUCAGUGGUACUAACUCAGUGAUGAGACCAGUUAUGCAGCCACAGGUGGGAUCCCAGCAGCAAGGUUUUCUUAAUGCUCAAAUGGUGGCUCAGCGUAACAGGGAACUAAUAAGUCACCAUUUUAGACAACAGAGGAUGGCAAUGAUGAUGCAGCAGCAACAGCAACCUCAGGCCUUCAGUCCACCACCAAAUGUGACAGCCUCAGGAAGCAUGGAUAGUGCUUUGACAGGCCCUCCAAUGGCUCAAGUUCCUUCACAACAAUUUCCCUAUCCACCUAAUUAUGGAAUAAGCCAACAACCUGAUCCUGCAUUUAGUAGAGUAUCAAGCCCUCCCAAUCCAAUGGUAUCAUCAAGAAUUGGACCCUCCCAGAAGUCUAUGCUGCAGCAUCCUCAGUCAGCAACAAUGUACCAGUCGUCAGAGAUGAAGGGCUGGCCCUCAGGAAGCAUCCCCAGAAACAGUUCUUUUCCCCAGCAGCAGUUCAGCCACCAAGGUAGCCCAGCAGCCUACAGUAUGAUGCACAUGAAUGGCAGCAGUGGCCAUAUUGGACAGAUGAGUAUUAAUACCAUGCCUAUGCCAGGACUGCCUAUGGGUCCAGACCAGAAAUACUGCUGACAUCUAGAACCACAUCUUCAAACAAGAAUGGUUGAAUGCACUAGUUAGAAAGGAACGUGACACAUUCUUCAUGGCAAGUCAUACUGGGCUUAACAGAAACCAGUGAUAAAUUUCCUCAUCCAGAGGAAAACAAACCAAAAAAAUCCCUACCCAACAAAAAUAUGUUUUAGUAGAAGCAGCCUAUGAAUUACUGUAUGAUGUGGGGUACAAAAAAAGGUCAUUAAUAUUUUUAGCACUCUUCCUCUAGGAAUGUGAAUUUGGUAAUGCCAUUUUAAUAGAUUUGAUGAGUAGACUCCUGGAAUACCUUAUCUGUUUACUGUAGCUAUCCAAAGCCCUUUAGCCCAGGCAGACAAAAGUGCCUGGAGAAGUCACAGUGGGAAGAAUUUCCUUAUUUCUCUUGUAACAUAUCUGACAGAGAAUGUAGUUCUUAGCCUUCACUCUUUUAUAUGAAUCCCUGAAUAGAAAUGCUGCUUUUAGUCUCUUAUCCCAAGAGUCAGGGAUUUCCCAAGCAAAGUAGCAGUGCAAAAUUAAUUGGCAUAUGCUAGUCCAAAAUCCUGUCUGUUGAAGCCAAGGUUUGAAAAGAGAGGAUAAACAAUUCAAAUUAUUUAAACACAAUUGUGACUAAUAUUUAGAUAUUGCUGUGCAGCUGAGUGCACUUUAUAGAGGACUAUAUAAUGGAUUAAUGCAAUGUCUUUGAUAAGGACUUAAUAUGAAGGUAGGGUGUACUCAUAUUCCUUCACAAACACAAUCUCUUAAGAAUUAUUUGAAAAGACUGCAUAAUGUAACGUUUUCUGUGUAUGGAAAUUAGAGCAAUAAUCUUUCAUCUUUUUUGAAAAAAGCUUCAGAAAACUCAAGGCAAGACACUGCAGCCAGAGUCAGAAUUUUGCAGUCUUUUUUUGUGAAUAAAUUUUGUAAAUAUGAUCUUUAAAAUAAUGUAUUAUAUAUAUGACUUUUGUAGGUCACUAACUCAUUUUUGCAGAGUUUGUGAAGCUAAAUGUUUAACAAAAUUGAUUUUUGGAAUCUGAGCAUAGUUGAGGUCCAAAUUUUUUUUUUUUAAUUACAUUAAGGACUUUGAAGCUGGGUAACUUUGGCCCACGUAUUUCUCUUCUUUGGUCUUCAACACUUCAUUUAUUUUUACAUGUUUAACAUAGAGCUUUUUAUAAAAAAAAUAGACCGGUUCUUCAAUACUUUCUCCACCUGUGAGCACUUUUGUUACAUUUCUUUUUACCUAAGGCAGUUUGACCCGAAGGCUCUGCUUUGUAAGAGCUUACAAUUUGUCAGGAUAGACAUGUCUGUCUAUAAUAGGUUGCCUUUUCAGCUGAUGAAUCUGGAUUGUGUCUUUUGGGUCAAUUUUAAUGAACACAAAAUGUUCUUUGAAAAUGUUUGUCUGUUGCAAAAUACUUGUUAUUAUGUAACAUCCAGAAAUCUUUAAGGAUAUUAAGCCACAUUUUAACCAAAUGUCUACACCUAAUUGGAUUGUUCUACAAGUAACGAAUGUAUUUUCUAAGCAGAUUUCUGUCAUAGCAGUAUUUAAGUGUGGUUACAUAUUAUUUGCUGAUAGCACUGGGGUUUUUUUUUUCCCCUCCAUUUUGGGUGCUUGAAAUGAAGAUCCCUUUGCACUUUUUGCAGUUACGAGGAAUUAAACCGCUAAACCUUCCUAAAGGAUGACCCAGAAAUGUUUAAGAUGUGUGGUGCUUCUGUUACGUUGUUCAUUGUGUAAUGGAAAACUGAUUUCUCCCAACUGAGUAAAAGAAACCAAAAAUCCCCUGA